GUGCCCUAUAUUAUUUUCCAACACGCACGUGUGCUGCUGCGUAAACAGAUGAACUCAUGCGGGCUAAGGGUCAGUCAUGAAGAUCAAGCGAUACAAGCAUGCCCGUCGACAUCUGGGAUUCUACAAAAAUGUCUUCAACUUCCGGGAACCACACCUAGUCCUCGUGGACGGAACCUUCACGUGCGUUGCGCUGCGACAUCAGACCAACAUCAAGGAACAGUUGCCCAAGUACCUAGAUGGGGAAGUGCAGCUCCUGUCAACCAGAUGCGCCAUUACUGAGACCGAGUCCCUAGGCAAGGAACUCUACGGUGCGGCCAACAUCUUAAGACGUUACAAGAUGCUGGACUGCCGUCAUCGAGACGUGCCGAUUGCCGCUGCCGACUGCUUCAAGGCUCUGAUUGGUCAGGACAACGGUCAUCAUUAUUACAUCGCAACACAGGACCCAGAACUGACUGAGUUUGCGCACAGCGUGCCCGGAACGCCGCUCCUCUACAUGAACAUGAACGCAAUUAUCCUGGAAAAGCCCUCCCCGACCUCGCUGGAUCACGCCGACAAACUCACCAAACAGAAGAUGAAACCGUCGGAACAUCAGAAGGAAACCUUGAAGAGACUGAAGGGACCCGUGGACAGGGCAGGGGCGGAGAACAGGAGGAAAAGAAAGCGGGCCAAGGAACCCAACCCGCUGUCCAUGAAGAAGAAGAAGAAGAUAAAGACUGUCGAAAAGGUUCGAGAGGAGGGGGAGAGGUCAAAGAAGAGGAGUAGAAGGAGGCGGCAGAGGUCAGAGGUCGUCACAAAUGUCACCGAACGGUCUGGGCAUUCAGAAAGCAGAUGACAGUGGUCUAGUGGAUGAUUUUUUGUAUUUAGUUGUUGACUGCUGUGAUGUGGGAGAUGUGUUUACUUUUACACUUGAGGAUGGAAUAUUAUCCUAUUGCGGUAGAAUCGCGUCAACGCAGCUCGAGAAAUAUUGUCCGAUUACUUGAUACAUGAAUGGACACGGAACGCGCAGAAUCUGAGACAAACGCAAGUUAACGUAUACAGUAAUUCCAAAGGGUUGUCUAAGGGGCGUGGCUAACUCACAAACGGCGAUAGGUCAGUCAUAUUGACAGCAGGCAAAUUUGUAGGUACCGUGCAUUCUUGAGGUUGUAUACAACACGUCCCACAUAACAGCAGUCAACAUUUGUUUCAGUAAGAUUUGAGGCUUUGCAUGGUGGAGAUACUAAAUAAUGAAAGGUUUGCGGAAACACCAUGUG